UUAAAUUUUCUGACCAGUAUUGCCGGGGCCCCGACCGGAGUUAUAACGGCUCUAGGGUUUCAAAUGCCCGACGAGCUGGCCAUCGAUGCUUGGGGACCGCUUCGGCAAGGAGAUGGAAAGAGAGAUCGAAGUUCGUACUCUCGAAGGGGAAUCAACGGUCGUGCGGAUCUCACCGGACCGACGGGUUGGCGACUUGAAGCUUUUGCUGAGGGAUUCGUUUCCUUCGGCGAUGACAUCCCCGAACUUUUAUCUUUUCCUUAAGGGCUCCAGAUUGAACUUGAAUAGUCGGAUAGGUAGCCACCAAAUUGAAGGGGGUCAAUUCAUGGUUCUCGUACCAUUUACCAAGAAAAACCAGCCGGUUCCAUUGCAACAGGAUCCAAUUGAGCAGGAUUCUCAGCCUUUAAUGAACUCUGGGGGAAAUUCGCAAUCUACUGCUGACUCUAUAUGGCUUGACAUCUUGGGUGAUAUUUCAUCUAUGAGUAACAUUUCAACAGAUGAUUUGAGCAAUAAUGUUGACAGUACAUCACAAACAUGGGGAGAAGAGGAUGUUUCAGUGGCUGAAAAACCUAAGAAAAGGAGGAAGUUAUCAGAUAGUUUUUGUACUAUUCAUGAUCUUUUAUGCUCUGACUUUGAAGAUAUAUUUGACCAAAAUAAAAGUAAUAAGAUUUGCCAGCUUGUGGAAUCUGUCAACUGCUUAUCAGAUCCUAAUACAGGAAUGUGUUUGUUACAAAAAUAUUCUGAUAAAGGGAUUCCUGAGGACGACCAAUGUGCUUGUCCAUUGUGGCUGAGGAGAGUUCUUAAGACUUUUACUUUGAUGAAUGUCCUUUACGCCUUUUUUCAUUUACAAAGGAAAUGCAUGACACUGGGUUUUUUAAAAGGAGCGUUCAAUCAACCAAAUAUGUUUGGGCUUGAUGACUUGUGCAUCUCUUAUGUGGAUAAGCUUUCACUUCUUUGUCCAAAGGUGGUAGUUGUGUUAGACAAUGAGGAAAAUGUUGUCACUUCUCAAGGAUCAUCUAUUAUCAUUCACGAUUUUUCAACAGAAUCAAGUAAUCAAUCUAAACUCGCAAAAGAACCAAGACCUGCAAGGCGGCUAUCUACUUCCACAGUUAUCAAUGCAGCAGAAAAACGAAUGAUGGCAUUUAGAAUGGAUUUAUGGAGGCUUCUCCAAUGCUUCAUGGAAAAUAGACACUUUAUAACAAGCAUGCCUGGUAUGCCGUCUUUGGAAGAUAUUAUAACUCUGAAGGGUUCUGAGCCUGUCCAAGGAUGCAUUAAUGUCAAAAAAGCAAAGUCUGGAACUUCGACAUCAAGAUGCUGUGGCACCGAUCAUCUGAAACCUACCGAGAUGGUUGACCACUUAAGAAAGGGCAUGGGUAUCUUUGGGCAGAUAAUUCAUAUCGAAGAAAUUAAUGAAAAAUUAGCUGUCCAUGUGGAUGUCCCUAAUAGCCUUGCAAAUGUCUCGAAAGCGGCUCUCAGAAGGAUAGGAAUAACCAGAUUAUACAGCCAUCAGGCUGAAGCUAUAAAAUCUUCUCUUUCUGGAAAGAAUGUUGUUGUGGCAACAUCAACUUCUAGUGGAAAAUCCCUUUGCUACAAUAUUCCUGUUAUUGAGGCACUCUCAAAAGAUAUGGAAGCAUGCGCUAUUUAUAUAUUUCCUACGAAGGCGUUAGCUCAGGAUCAAAUGAGAGCUUUGACGGAGAUGACAAGUGGAUUGGACAUUUUCUUCAAUGUUAGCAUCUAUGAUGGAGAUACCUCUCAAAUGCAUCGUACCUGGAUUCGUGAUAAUGCCCGAGUGUUGAUUACAAACCCAGACAUGUUGCAUCUGUCUAUAUUGCCCUAUCAUGCAAAAUUUCAACGGAUUUUAUCCAACCUCAGGAUCAUUGUGAUUGAUGAAACUCACACUUAUAAAGGAGCUUUUGGAUGCCAUACUGCACUUAUUCUGAGGAGGUUGCGCCGAAUUUGUUUGCAUGUACAUGGUAGCAAUCCUUUGUUCAUAUUCUGUACUGCAACAUCAGCAAACCCUCGUGAGCAUGCCAUGGUAUGUUUUGGUAAUGAAAUUCAAACUUUAGAUAUGUGA